UCACUCGCUCUGGCGCCAUCUUUGCUACCGGUGCGCUCCGGAGCGACACGCGCUGUUCGUCUGUUCGCACAGAAAGAAGACUUUCUACGCUUAUUAACGCGUUAUACUGCGCUGUUCGCAUCAGCGAGAGUGAGAUCUAGACCUCCUCGGUUCCUUUAGAUCAGCGUCGCCGGUGUGCGACAUCAAACCAGCCAAAUGGCCGACAAGAACACCAGAAUCGCUAUUGUGAACCAUGACAAGUGUAAGCCUAAGAAAUGCCGCCAAGAGUGCAAGAAGAGCUGUCCGGUAGUGCGCAUGGGAAAGCUGUGUAUCGAGGUCACACCUCAGAGUAAAAUCGCCUGGAUCUCAGAGUCUCUCUGCAUCGGAUGUGGAAUCUGUGUCAAGAAAUGUCCAUUUGGUGCUAUUUCAAUCGUGAACCUGCCAAGCAACCUGGAGAAGGAAACCACACACAGAUACUGUGCCAAUUCCUUCAAGCUCCACAGGUUGCCCAUCCCUCGUCCGGGUGAGGUGCUGGGGCUCGUGGGUACUAAUGGUAUCGGAAAAUCCACUGCUCUGAAAAUCCUGGCGGGAAAACAGAAACCAAACCUGGGGAGAUUCGAUGCUCCUCCUGACUGGCAGGAGAUCCUGGCGUAUUUCCGUGGCUCCGAGCUGCAGAACUACUUCACCAAGAUCCUGGAAGACGAUCUGAAGGCCAUCGUGAAGCCGCAGUAUGUUGAUCAGAUCCCCAAAACUGUUAAGGGGUCGGUAGGCUCCAUCCUCAGCAGGAAGGACGACACCAAGUCAGAAGAGCUGGUGUGUGAACAGCUGGAUUUGUUGCACUUGCGUGAUCGUAAUGUUGAGGAUCUGUCAGGAGGAGAGCUGCAGAGAUUCGCCUGCGCGGUUGUCUGCAUUCAGAGAGCUGAUAUUUUCAUGUUCGAUGAGCCGUCCAGUUAUCUCGAUGUGAAACAGAGGCUGAGAGAACACUAUCAAAACGAUUUUUGGGGGACUUUUUUUUAUUUAUUUUUUUUAACACUUUUUUUUUUUGUGGAAACUGAGUGUGCACUGUGUUUCUCAGGUGAGGUGCCUAUCCUGAACGUGAGCUACAAACCACAGAAGAUCAGCCCCAAAUUUAAAGGCAGCGUUCGAGCCCUGCUGCACGAUAAGAUCAGAGACGCGUACACACACCCUCAAUUCGUCACUGACGUUAUGAAGCCCAUGCAGAUUGAAAGCAUCAUCGACCAGGACAUCCAGAAUCUGUCUGGCGGUGAGCUGCAGCGUGUGGCUUUGGCUCUGUGUUUAGGAAAACCUGCGGAUGUGUAUCUGAUCGACGAGCCGUCUGCGUAUCUGGACUCUGAGCAGCGUCUGAUGGCUGCUAGGGUCAUCAAACGAUUCAUCCUUCACGCAAAGAAGACGGCAUUUGUGGUGGAGCACGACUUCAUCAUGGCCACUUACCUAGCGGACCGAGUCAUCGUCUUCGACGGAAUUCCAUCCAGAAGCACUACCGCCAAUACUCCACAGACUCUGCUGGCUGGCAUGAAUAAGUUUUUAUCGCAGCUGGAGAUCACGUUCAGAAGAGACCCAAACAACUUCAGACCAAGAAUUAACAAACUCAAUUCCAUUAAGGAUGUGGAACAAAAGAAGAGUGGAAACUACUUCUUCCUGGAUGACUGAAGGUCCUAUUUCACAGAAUUCCAUAAAUUUAGCCGCUUAAUAUGACAUCAGACCAGCGAACGCUGGCAUUGUGGACUUAUAUGUUUACUGAAUUAUCACCAUCACCACUUCAAACAUACAGCUCUGUUCCUCUCCUCUUGGCCAUUGGUAUGAUUCCACAAAGAGACGAGAUGGAUCCUCUGAGAUGAGGAGAGGACAUUAUUUGAGAAUAAAACCUUGACAAAUGUAUGUUUUUGGGUGAAUUAUCGUUAUUAACAACUGAAGUUCGUUCUGGUCACAAAGUGGUGCGAACCAAUUUACACAUGCCAAACAUGCAACUGUAUGUUUUGAAUAAAAUAUUUGAAUCAUGUUACACGAUGUGUUACAUACUAAAUAACCGGAUUUCUCAAGAUUAGGCUUUUGCCUUCGGCAGUCUUGUGAAGAUGCAACUGUAACCGUUCGAUAUUAAAACGCACUACCAGCUACA